CUCGUAACUAUAUUGCCUCUUCCAAUCCAAUCCAUAUCCGAUUCAUGAUUCAUAUUUGGCCUUGAUUUUUUGGGGCUUUUCGUCUCGAGUACCACCGGGGAUCCUACUGUACCACUCUACUACAGCGUCGCACCCGUUUAUUUCGUUCAACGUCAUAAGAUGGAACACUUCAGACUCUUGGAAAUAAUUGACCUAUGAAGAAAAAUUACAUUCCACCCUUUUACCGGGUUGUUAAGCACCAGCGAGCCAGUACUGCAGGCAGCCUCGAGAUCACUGAAGAUGCCUGGAUGCUGCGUUCCCGGGUGCAACAACCAUUCGAAUAAAGGAGCCCGCUUGUUCCGUUUUCCGGCUGACCCGUCCAGAAGAAAACUGUGGCUGGCAUACGUGAACAGGGGCAACUGGGAACCGGCGUGCUCCCUCGUGUGCAUCAAACAUUUUGAGGAAAGCGCCUUUGAGCAACACAGGCAAGACGGCUGGCAGAAGCUCAAACCGAAUGCAGUCCCAAUAGUCAACUUCCAGUGCACCCCACGACGACGCAAGGUGUCGAUCACCCCAGCCCUCCCAGUCAUCAAGAACGGGAUGCGCACAUUAAAUACCCAAGACACAACAUGCUUCAACUCAAAGCAUACAAGUUUGGAUUUGCAAAACUGCAGCUCCAGAGGCAAUGACCGCGGCCCCUCUGAGACCACUAUGGCAUCCUACACAACACUAGUAGUGCUUCCCUACCAAAUUCCUGACCAGAGUUCAGCGAACGUUGAAGUGGCAGAGCUGAAGAGGAAGCUGGGUGAUGCACAAAGAAGACAGGUAGAACUUGAAGCCGCGUACCGCGUUGCACAGGGUACCAUAAGAAAACUUCAAAAGAAAGUAAAAGAUCUAGAAACUCAAUUGAGUAGUUUUUGAAAUUCGACUUUCCUGAAUGAAGAUCAGAAACUGCUCGCAGGAAUUUCAGAGAAGUCGUUGAACGUCACUUCCAAAUUUCAUAAGUAGUCCCAAGUGAACUGCAGUUUCCAAGAGAUGUUUCUUUUAUUUUUUAAUUUCCAAUGUUUUGGAGUUUUUCCAAGGUUUGUACAGAUGUUUCUCAAUUUACUUCCGAGAGUUCUUAUGGCCCAUUCACAGUUGCAUUUGAAUGAAUUUGAUUAAAUGCAUUUGCAUUUGGCACCACUACUCUUGUACCAUGGUGCAAGCAUACUCAAUAUAACUGAACUUUCUUGUAACAGGCCGAAUACACAUAUUAAAUCUUUUUAACUAAAUUUAAGUUCAGUAAUGUUAUUCAGAUUGACAAAAAUUUCAUAUAUUCAAACCAUCAAUCACUAGAGGGCUGGGUGGCACAUUGAGCAAAUGCAUACUAAGUUGACUGAGGAGUUGAAAAGUUGGAAGAGUUGAAAAGCCUUGACAGGCUGCUUUUCAACUCUUCUGAACAUUGGUACAAACAGUGUCCAAGGUGCUUGGUUUGCUUUUGUUAUCUCGAGGGAGCCUGCUUGUUGCACAAUAACAGCUGUGCAUGCCCGAAAAGUCUUUUGAGAAGCCAUUAAUGUGCGAGAAUUUCAAGAUUCUUGUUAUGCGCGCAUGCCCCACAUUCAAGUGCCUCAUUCUCAAGGUUGAAUGUUAAAAGGGAUUAUUAAAACCCAAGUAAAAAUGGAAAAAGGCAUGAACCAAAGCAUUAACUAAGUACGCUACAAAGCCCAGCAGACACUAGGCUUCCGGAAGAAGCAUGGACUUCCAGUGGCCUCCCUUGCGUUCGGGUCGGAGCACGGCCAAGUGCCAUUCAGCCUCCUAUUCACGACUCUAGCGAACUAUAGGGGGUGCGCUGGUUAGGCAAAAUGCCAAACAAAUGAAGGCCCUUUUUGUUGUCCAGCACGCGGACCACCAUAAGUUUCUUGCACUGCAACGUAAAAUCGGUGUUGCAUAUGAAAGCAAAGCGAUUUUGCGACGGUAGGAGCCUUCUAGCCAGUGUGUAGAAAUGACGCUGCGAAAGCAUAAAAAUAAUUACUGAAAACAAUGUUUGUUUCUAUGCUGCCUACGAGAACCAAGCAGUGUUAUUAGACAACAGAGUUGAAAUGACCUCCUCUCCUGAGCUUCUCAACAUUGCCGCUACGCCGCAUCGAUUUUGCUGGAGGUGCCAGUAGUAGGGAUCAGCGAUUCAAACAUCUCUUUUCUUGGCCUCCAGUCUUAAUACUGUACCCUAAAACACCAUGUUUCCAAGCCAUUUUUAACGCAAGUUCUCCAAUGUUUUUCUAGGUUUGUAUUAUUUAUUGUCUGGUCCGAUUGAUGGAAGCUCUAAUAUUGUCCGACAUGCCACUAAAUUGUAUUGUUGACAAUGGUAGGGGACAAGCAGCCAACCCCUUGGGAAUGUGUUCAAUUUAAAUUUUGAUUGUAAGAGCUCUGCGAGUAAUAAAUUGUGCGAGCUAUGGUUC